GCUUGGAUCCAGCACUUACCAUAGUACUCCUGUGGUCCCUUGGGGAAAUCAUCAUCUCCAAUUUCGCAAUACCAAAAAGAGAAUGAAACCUCAACGCAUUCACAUCUUUGUCCAACUAUAAACGGUGACAAUGUCUGUUUUCCCGAAGCAAAUGGACACCUGGCAGGAGACUGUUGCGGUUGUCCAGCAGUAUCGGGACAACAGCCUCGAUAUCGAUCCGCCGUUGUCUGGCAUACCCCUAAACCUUCCAUCGAAUGUUUCGGAGAUCCCUCGUAAAUUUCUCUCUGCUAUCGAAUUGGAUAUCACGGAAACGCCACCCGAGCACCUGUUGGAAAAGCUGGCAAGCGGUGAACUCAGUAGUGUCGCAGUCACCCAGGCAUUCUUGAGGAGAGCUGCAUUGGCACAACGGCUGACGAAUUGCCUCACGGAGCUUCUCCCCAGGCGAGCGCUCGCCCGCGCUAAGGAGCUUGAUGACCACCUUUCUCAGCAUGGGAAGCCAAUCGGCCCUCUCCAUGGCCUUCCUGUCUCCAUCAAAGAACAAAUCACGCUAGCAGAUCAUCCCCUUAACUACUCGUACGUUUCUUGGGUUGACAAUGUGCCGCGUCAUUCGGCCUACCUUAUAGACCUUCUCGAGACCGCUGGGGCGGUCAUCCAUGCGCGUACGACGCAGCCGCAGCUCAUCAUGCACCUUGAAUGCGCGUCAAACCUGUAUGGCACAACUGUGAAUCCAUUCAAUUGUAGCCUCACAUCGGGUGGGUCUUCUGGCGGUGAAGGCGCGCUUUUAGCCUUGAAAGGAAGCGCUCUUGGGGUGGGUACCGACAUUGGCGGCUCCGUUCGAAGCCCAGCUGCGAACUGUGGAGUGUGGGCACUCAGACCUACGACGGGAAGGGUCCCGAUGCUAGGGAUCGAUGAGGACUAUAUAGGCCAGGAGGCAAUCAGGGCCGUGGCAGGGCCAAUGAGUACGAGUUUCGAGGGGUUAAGGUCAUUCAUGAGGGCAGUCCUAAGAGGAAGAAAACCAGAACUGAAAGAGCCUGGACUGAUACCGCUUGGGUGGAGGGAUGAUGAAGCAAAAUCACAUUUCUGGAGUGAAGAGAAGGGCUGGAGGCUAAAGAUCGGGGUUAUGUGGGAUGACGGAGUUGUCAAACCCCAUCCUCCAGUUCAAAGAGCUUUAAGGGAGCUCGUGGAAGCACUCAAGGAGAUUGACGGUGUUGAGAUACGCGAUUGGGAACCGUACCACCACGACCAGGCGUGGUCGAUCGCGGCAAGCCUAUACUUUCCAGAUGGCGGAGCGGACGAAGAGCGUGAGUUACGAGCCUCUGGCGAACCUUGGCUCCCAUUGUCUCGCUGGAUUGUGAAGGACAAUCCCUUCUGCAAAGAGCUAGGCAUGCAUGAUUUGUGGGAUUGGACCGCAAAGCGAGAGCAAUAUCGCAUUAAGUAUGCCUCUCGGUGGCUCGAAACAGCAACCGGGGAUGAUGAGCGAGGUGUACCAACUGGUAUGGUUGAUGUCCUGCUAUGUCCGGCUGGACCAGGGGCAGCACCACCACUGGAAAAUUCGAAAUACUGGGGUUACCUUGCCCAGUGGAAUGUGUUAGAUUACCCAGCUGCUGUUUUCCCGGUCACUACUGUCGAUAAAGGCGCGGACAAGAAGGACCAAAGUUACAGGCCAAGAAACGAGCAGGAUGCCUUCAAUCAUGAACUUUACGAACCGGAACGAUACACGGAUGCUCCAGUCGGAUUGCAACUGGUCGGGCGAAUAUAUGAGGAUGAGAAAGUGCUUGCUGCUUUAGAUUUCAUAUCUUCUCGGAUCCAGCUUCCGCUGAGAAAAGCUACAUGAGUACAAAACAUUUCGGUCACUGCUUGAUCGUUUACUACACACCUAUACUUGGCAAAGGGGUUC